AUGGAACCAGCCGCCUCGAAACCCGACCAUCCUCUCUCCGAUGACCAAACCGAAUCAGAUUGGACAAAACUCUCAAUCCCAGACAUCCAAACCAGCUCAGCCAUAGCGCGCAGCACUCGCCCAAACACUAGGAGGCCCCACGCAGCUGGUUCGUUACCAAGGUCUGCUACCAUCAAACGCCCAGACCCCGAUGCCCUUCCUACGUCACAAAUCUUACUUCCAGAGCAUUCUAAUCAGUACCUCGGAGAGAGCGAUUCGUCGACGAACUUCGACCCUCAAGCAUGGAAACGUGGAGAUCAAGGGGUCGGGCGGGUCAAGACGAGACCGAACAUUGGAGCCGCAGCUCCAAAAAGUGGUCCAGAGCAACAGCAGCAACACAAUACCAACAGCAGCAAUCGUAGCGUUUCAUCAUCCUCUUUCUUCCUCGAGGCGGCGUUCAUUGCCCCCCACAUUGUCUCCUCAACUGCCGCUCGGCCAAUUCAAACCACCCAACGAAGACGGGCGAUCAGUAACAGUCGCCGAGCCAGUCGGCCGAGUGAAUCUCCCUCCACGUCACGUCCAUCCGGCCACCACCAGCCACCCACCCGGCCGAGCUCUGAUUUAGGCCCGGCCUCGAACCUCUCUGCCACUCGAGGCGUCUCCUCGAGUCCCCCGACAUGGAGAGCGUACACGGGCAGAGAGAGCUCGUCCUCGACGACGACACGGACGGGCGACCAAAAACAGGAGUUCUUGCAGGCGAUCUCCAACCUGCAAGCGAUGGCGAAGCGCGGCCAAUUCGAAUGGUUAUCGGCAAGCAGCGGGAACGACGAUGACCAGGACGCCGACGAGCCGCGUCCAGGCCACGCGGACUUGCCCACCUCCACUUUCAACUCAGCCGUUGGCGACGACGAUGACGAAGGGCUCCUUGUUCCGCCUCCCUCGAAUCCUCAGCCUGACGAGCCCCAUACCCCCUGGUGGUCCCUCAUUGGUCGCGCUAUCAGCCUCAAAACUUGGCAAUUCGUCGGCCUCGGUGGGAUCAUUUUCGGCUUCGGUAUAUGUGCCGGAAGCUUCAUCGGUAGAAACUUGUCCCCCAAAAACUCGCCAAUCGUCAAGUUUUUUAAUCUACUCAGUCUUUCAUAA